GCGGAUGGAAUUCGUAUAAAAGCGUGGCAUGGAUAUAUAGCAACAUGACGAGAACGUUUAAGGCAUCCAAGGUUGACCAUUGGCAUCCCAACUAUCACAGGCAAGGAAGUCACUACCGAAAGACUUCAUUAGCAAUUUAUAAUCGCCACGACUCCAAAACCAAGCCACAAACCCCGUAGCACCUUCCUUCAGUGACAAUGAGCACUGCCCAUAGAGGUACCUUCCACUUCGGAGUCGAAAUCGAACUUCUCCUCGGCAGUCGUAAAAAGCACUCCACAUGGACUUCCCUCGCCGAAGAUCUCGGCAAAAGCCUUGUCAAAGCCGGUAUCCCCAAUCACGUCAACAAUUCCAACGACAAAACCGUUCCUUCCAACUACCGUGAAUGGUCCAUCACUCAAGAGAUCACCAUUCCCAGCCAACCGGGCAAGAACCUCUUUGGCAUCGAACUCGUCUCCCCCAUUUACGAUGCCUCAUUUCGUUCUCAAUGGGUUGAAGAACUCUCCAAGAUCUUCUCAACUCUCUCAUCCAACUUCAUUAUCACUCCUUCCGAGCACUGCUCAACCCACAUCCAUAUCUCCUGUGUCCCAACCUUCUCCCCAACGGAACUCGCCUCUCUCUCAAAAUGCAUCCUCUACUUCGAGCCAGCUUUGGACUCCCUCUUCCCUGCAAACCGCCGUGGUAGUUCUGCAUACUGGUGCCAGAGCAACAGGUCAAACCCCGCCUUGAGAGGCUUGUCGACGGGAGAAGCCUUGGGGAUCAUCGACGCUGCCGCUACAACUGGAUCUGCAGCUAGGAUCAUCGAAGUGAUGAACCUGUUCCCUGCUGAUUCUGCUUAUGGAAGGGCUAAUGGCCGAAGGGAAGACUUCGUGAGGGGAAAAGUGUACAAGUGGGAUUUGACGGGCUUGCUGGGUGUUACUGCUGGGCAGGUGGCUAGGGAAAAGCCGGGGUUUGGUAUUCCCUCGGGGACUGGGGGCGGAAAUGUCCGGGGGACGAUCGAGUUUAGACAGCCGCCUGGGAGUUUGACGGCGAACGAAGCGGUGGGGGGGAUUGAGGUUGCGGUGUCGUUUGUUGCUGGUGCGUUGAUGGUUGGGUCAAUCGUUGAGAGAGGAAGAGAAGUGUUGGAUGCUGGAGGGCCGAGGGAGGAGCUGUGGGCUUUGUUGGCGAGUGGCGCCAAGAUGCUGGGAUGAACCGAGGGUUUGAAGCCUGCCGAUAAGGGUCUUCUCGAGUGUGCUACGAGGGUGUGAUGCCAGCCCAGGCAGGGCGGUCAUUCAACCCUUGGAGGAUGAUAUAUAUGAAGUUGCAAUGUUGAGGACAUUGGGGAGACCAGAACUUACAUCUAAAAACGAAGUGCUUUGAUGUCAGCAG